AUGUCUACAGUUGCCGUCCUCCGCGGAGACUCGAAGAUCACUGGCACAGUGACUUUCGAGCAGACGUCCGAAUCCGCUCCUACCACCAUCACCUGGGACAUCACCGGCCACGACGCCAAUGCCGAGCGAGGCAUGCACGUUCACCAGUUCGGUGACAACACCAACGGCUGCACCAGCGCUGGCCCUCACUACAACCCAUUCGGCAAGACCCACGGAGCCCCCGCAGACUCUGAACGCCACGUUGGUGACCUCGGCAACUUCAAGACCGACGCCCAAGGCAACGCCAAGGGCAGCGUGAGCGACAGCCUCGUCAAGCUGUUCGGCGAGCACAGUGUUCUGGGACGCACCAUCGUCGUCCACGCCGGCACUGACGACCUCGGCAAGGGCGGGAACGAAGAGAGCAAGAAGACUGGCAACGCCGGUCCCCGACCUGCCUGCGGUGUCAUUGGCAUUGCCGCAUAG